AGUGCCUCCGUGGUCGCCGCACGGUCCUGAGCGGGCUCCAUCCCUCUCUGGAGGUGAAACUCGCCGGCGAGCUGCGCGCACAGUGUUUACUUGCAAAACGAACAACGCUCCUUGUCAAUGAACUCCGAUUCCCUUUUCUAGGUUGCUCCCAAUGUUUGCGGUCGAAGAUGAUUUACACACUGCCUAGUGUUUACCUAUCCACAGGGGAAAAUUCAUUAUACAUAGCGCCAUAUGUGCAAUAAAAAUAUUAAUACUGAUUUUUCUGCCUAAAUUGCUGGACCAGGCUUUACAUAACUACUGUCACGUGUGACCGAUUCAGUAUUACUCCCGUCAGAAUUUAACGGAAUAGACUCGUCCUGUACAAAUAGAGAGACACUCUACUACUUGUUGCUGCAGCUGCUAAGUCACCCCCCACCCCCUAGGCUCCUGCACGGGUUCCGCUCUCGAAGACUGAAACACGUGAAGCGCGCGCUACUGUACUUUCAAACUCCGCCGGUAGUUGGAGUGCUGACUGAAGAUUCCGGGAAGUGUUUUCCGAGCGGGGGUGGAAGGAACACAAAGCGGCCUCUGUGUACGUAUAAAGAGGAGUGAGCCUCCGGCGAGAAAUCUCGCCGUUUUGACGUGCGUCGUUAGGAGCUAUGCGAGUCUGCCGUAAUAGUCGGCAUACCAGCCCGAUACGUGAGCAGUGUGCAAGGCGCCGAGGGAGUCAUUAACGGCUGCGGCUCCAUGGCGGCAGCGCGCCAGCGAACGACGCGUCCUCCGCCUCUGGUGCUACUGGUGUUGUGUCUUCUGCCCGCAACGGCGCUCGCGUCCUGGGGAGGCGGCGACGACGAUCCUGUGAGCACCGAGGCGGUGGACGCGGUACUGGGCCGCAGUGUCACUUUGCCCUGCGACAUCGAACCCGCGACCCGCGAAGACCGCGUGUACAUGGUUCUCUGGUUCCGGGACGACGUGGGAAAGCCCAUCUACAGCUUCGACGUGCGCGGGCGGCCGUUCACGAAGGCGCUGUACUGGUCGGACGCGGAAACGCUGGGUCCGCGCGGCUACUUCGUAACGGGGCUGUCGCCCGCCGGGCUCACCAUCGACGCCGUGACGCUGGACGACGAGGGUGUCUACCGCUGCCGCGUUGACUUCAAGGACUCGCCCACGAGAAACUUCCAGGUCAACCUCACCGUCAUCGUGCCGCCCCACCAACUGUUGGUGUACGACAGCUCUGGCCGCGAGGUGGUGGGCGCCGUCAGCGGCCUACUGGAGGGCAACGACCUCGUACUAACCUGCGAGGUGCGCGGAGGCAGACCGCCGCCGACGGUGUCGUGGUUCGUCGACGACCGUCUGACGGAGGGUCAGCUACAAGCGGUGGGCCGGCACGUGGUGGUCAACCGGCUGGAGGUGCCGCGCGUGUCCCGCCAGCAGCUCAACACCGCCUUCAAGUGCCAGGCCUCCAACACGAAGCUGGUGCUGCCCCAGGAGAAGACGGUCCGGCUCGACCUGCUGCUACGGCCCUUGAAGACUCGUCUGCUGGAGAGGCCGAGUGUGCUGGAAGCGGGGCAGACGGUGGUGCUGGAGUGUGAGGCAGUCGGCUCCAGGCCGGAAGCCGUCAUUUCCUGGUGGCGGGACAACUACCAGCUAGACAGAGGCAAGGUGGAGACUGACGGAAACGAGACGGUGGUGCUGAGCCGGCUGACGUUUCAACCGCUGCCUGACGAUGACGGCCACGUGUUGCGCUGCCACGCCGAGAACCCGCGCAUCCCGGCCUCUGGUCUCGAGGCGCAGCUACACCUCAACGUAGUCUAUGCGCCAGUGGUGAGGCUGCAGCUGGGGAACUCCCUGAACCCUGACGACAUCAAGGAGAACGACGACGUGUACUUCGAGUGUUCCAUCCGCGCCAACCCCAAGGAGCACAGGAUCGCGUGGCUGCAUGACGGCGUGCCGGUGGUGCAGAACAUGUCGGCGGGCGUGAUCCUCAGCACGGACAGCCUGGUGCUGCAGGGUGUGACACGACACCACGCCGGCAGCUACACCUGCGUCGCCGCCAACGAGCGCGGCGAGACCGCCAGCCGCCCCGUCUUCCUCAGGGUGCGAUUCGCGCCGGUGUGCGCGCACGAGGAGCCGCUGCUGGUGGGCGCGUCCCUGGGAGAGGCGGUGCGCGUGCGCUGCCGGGUGGCGGCCGACCCGGCCGACGACGUCUCCUUCGAGUGGCAGUUCAACAACAGCGGCGAGAGCUUCGGCGUGCCGCCCGCGCGCCUCGGCAACGCCAGCGGGCCCGCCGCAGGCGAACUCAGCUACGCCCCCGCCUCCGACCGCGACUACGGCACGCUCGCGUGCUGGGCGCGCAACGCCGUAGGCCGCCAGGCCGAGCCCUGCGUCUUCCAGGUGCUGCCCGCCGAGCGCCCCGGCGCGCUGAGCAACUGCUCGCUGCGCGCGGCGGCGGCUGCGACGCCGGCGGCCUCUGCGCUUUCGCCGGCCGCGGCGGCGGCGGCGGCUGCUGCCCUGCAGAACGCGUCGACCGCCGGCGGGCCGGAUCUGGCGCCCGCGCCGGCGUCUGCGCAGCUGGUGGUGGAGUGCGUGGCGGGCCACGACGGCGGGCUGCCGCAGCGCUUCUUCCUGGAGGCGCACGAGGCGGCCGGAGGCGGCGUCCGGCUCAACACGAGCAGCGCGGCGCCGCGCUUCCGGCUGCAGCUGGCCGCGCUCGGCUGGCGCACGCUGCGCCUCGUGCUGUACGCCGCCAACGCGCGCGGCCGCGGCGACGCCACCGUGCUCGACGACAUCGCGCUCGGCGACGCCGAGAUGCGCACAGAGCUGACGCAGAGCAGCGGCUGGGACAUCGUGCCCCUGGCGGCGCUGCUGACGGGGGCGCUGUUGGCGGCGGGUCUGGCCGUAUUGCUGGUGGCCGUGCUGGCCGUGCGUCGGCGGCGCGCGUACGAGGCGGCGGGCGGCCGCGCGCGCGGUGGCGGCGCCUCCGGGGGCGGCGUCUGCAGCGGGGGCGGCGCCGCGCCAGCCCUGCAGCUCGAGAAGCAGCCGCCGCCGCCGCAGCACGGCUCCAUGCUCGAGAUCAACCACGGCCACGAGCGCUACGUCGUCUCCUACCGCCUCAAAACGGCCCAGGACAGCUGCGUCGUCGACGGCCGGCAGCCGGACAUCCUCAAGUCUCCCAGGGCUGCGGAUUCGGUACUGGCUGACGCGGCGUCUCGCAGACAGGACCCGAGCUUGCGGCUCAGCAACCCGCCAGAUUCGGAAGCCAUCACUGAGCGCCCCGCAGCCGGCCGCCCCCAGCACUCGCCCCCGGCGUACCAGCAGCCGCCCCCCGUGUAUCCGCCGAGCCCGGCGCGGACGCCGCCCCCGCUGCCGGCACGCAUCCGGCCGCCUCCCGGGGCUCCAGCCACCGCCGCCGCUGCCGCCGCCGCCACCGCCACCACAUCUUCGUCGUCUCCGUCGUCGUCGUCCGCCGGGGGCGGCGUCGCCACGCUGCCGGCCGGGGCGCUGUCGCCGGCGUCCACGGCCCCCUCCACGUCUCCCGUAGCGACGACGGCGACCGUGACGCCGCCGUUCGUCCCGACGACCAUUAACCGCGCGUCCAACGGCACGCUGCGCAAGGACCACCUCAUCUCGGACUCCAUCCCCGGCCCCGAGAGCUGCGUAUGACGGCUGCGACCUGCUCGCUUGGCACUCGCGGUGCACGGUGUACGUCGGUGUGGGGGAGCCCCGAAGAAGCAGCUUCUUACACUGGAAACCUUUGGCCAACAGGUGCUCGACGUCGCGGUGUUGGGGACUGUUGGGCGAUCUGUCUGAGGCUGGCCUAUAUUACCGUCUGUGUUUAACAUGUGUCUGGAGAGAAGAAUCUUGUUCUGAUGCAUGCUUAUUUUCCUUAUACAUGUCUUCCUAGGUUGUUUGCAUUUCGGCCGUCGAGAAUAUCUAACACUCCUGUCAAUAGUGGAGGUCUUCCCACCGCGAGGUUUUAUAACGUGAAAUCAAAGCCAGUAAGCGUACUUUCUCAGUUUAUUAACGUUCUCUAAAUGACCACAGAAAUUCCGUGAAUGCGGCCGUAAUUAAUUUUUCUCCUUUUCUGAUAUUUGGGCAGUGGAACUACUAGUCACCUUCUGAGCCAGUACCAAUACUCUCACACUGCAUCUCUCAGAUGAUGACAGGACGUUCUUCCACCGUAAUAUCAUAAAACAAGGACAUAUGUUUGCAGCGGCAUUGGCUGAAGUUCACGAACCAAUAAUUAAUCCAUAAAAACUUCACGUCCCCUAUGAGAUUGUUUUGCUCAUUUCUGAUAAACUAAAUUGCCGUUUAGCCUGCAACUAAUCAAUAAUCAGUAACUCGAAGUUGCAACUUAUACCUCUAAACAUAAAUGCCAGUUUCCAGGAAAUUACUUGUUGGAGUCAUAUGCUUUUUUUUCCAUCAUUGCAGUUUCUUCACUUUGUGGAUAGUUGGUUAUGGAUAGGAAUCAGCUCACCAGACAUUCAUCUGAAAUUUAUUUCUUGAGCAUGUUUCAGAGAUAUGUAGAUUUCAGGGACCGUUUCCUGCUCUGCCUUGACUGCCAGAUUUACUUCAUUCACCACAACCGGAAAUUUUGUGCCUAAAGCUUCGUACAUCCUGUACCAAACUCAAACAUUUCACCCAUGAGUAGCAAAUCUUAAAAACUGGAAUCAGCCAGCAUUCCAACUACAUCCUCACAGGCGUCAGUAAGCCAGUUUAUUGCUCUGUAACCAUCAAUAUUACAACCUCCUAUUGGCAGAGUUGGGGUGGACAGCAGGCGUCAGCUGCUAUUACAGUAUUAACGUCCACAGAGCAGUGGGCCUACGUCGGUUUGCUGGAUAUCAUCUGCCAGCUCAAACUCUGUCACUUGCAGCAAUAAUAUAAUGGCUACACGGCAAUACACUGAAGUGCUGCUACAUCUGUGGAUGGAGCUGAUUACAGUGAUCGCCUUGUGGUGAUAAUGGCGUGAAACGUUUACGUAUGGCAUUGAAUGUUUAAAUGUUUGCCCUCUGUGUAGCAUUAAAUUUUCCAUGCGAAAUUAAUGUAUAAACUGCAAUUACAGUUGUUGAAAUAAAGCAUACAGUCAAAGGCGAAAUCGGUCUGCUUCAAAAGGUUGUAAAAUAUAGCUUCGAUGGAGAAAGGAAACUGAUAAUAAAAUACUUCAAGAGAUACUGACACAUUAGUUAUAAAGGCUCUUCAGUGAGAAUGCCACUAGUAAUAUUUGUUGAUAUGGGGUUCCGAUGCACAACUAGUGCUGUAGACGAUUGAAUAUGAAGAAAGUGAGCAAUUUUUGCGUUACGAGAAAAUGAUGAUGAGAAGUAGUCCUCAGGAAUUGGUGGGUUUCACGUUAGGAAGGAACAGGAUGAACUGGAAUCUAUAUUUGACUGUAGUGUAGGCUACAGUGAUACAUUUUGUAUGGAAAAGUAUGUAGUGUACUUGAAUAGGUGUUUGGCGUGAUGAUGCAACGCAAUACAAGCCCCCGGUUCUCAGGAAAGGAACACAAAGUGGUGUAGGAAUAUGGUGUAACAGAUAUUUAUAUAUGCAACCCAAAAAUUCUCAAUUCUCGCUUAAUGUGAUGUCAAAUUUCAGUUCCUUACUUCAGAUCAUGAUACUCGAAGUAAACAUAAAUUUCAAUAAAGCUAGAAGUCACUGACUAAGAACCUGGAGUUUGCAGUUAGCCUACUGUUAAAGAUAUAAACAAUACUGAAAUACUCGAAAAGUUAUGAACGUUCUGCUCUCGUUUGUUCCCAUUACAUGCUUCAAGACAGUUUCUAAAGACUUCCAGAUGCGGAGAAGUCGCUGUUGAAACUUACGUAAGAUAGUUCAAAGUUUCUCCCCAAGAGAUGAAACUAAUAUCAAAAUUCUAAAUUGUUAAUCAGCGUUGUGUUUAUGUUUGCCUAUCAAAUUUUGUUGUGCCGUUAAGAGUAUUUUUUUCCUGGAGACUGGAACAUAUAAAAAAGCCGAAGCUAUUUCAUAAUGAAUCAACAAAAAUAUUAAGACGCUAUCAUGGCCAAGUAUUUCCCAGCAAAUCAUAUCCUUAAACAACAACAGAAAAUCAUUUUCUUUAAAAAUAUCUUUUCUGAAUAUUAGAGCUCCCUGACAUCUUACCUGAGCCAACACUCUGUAAGAACAAGAAGAGAACUUGCUUCGCUCUUUUAAAAUGCCUCGAAAUAUUCCUUUUAUUAGAAUAAUUUUGAUAUUUUGUGGAAAUGUGAGCAGUCAAUACGGUAAUAUUCACUGCAAGGCCUAUUUAACGGACGGAACAUAUGUUUGAAAAAUUGCAAAGUGUAAGGAUCAUGAACAUUGUUAACUGUGUUUCGUGAGACAAAUGUAUGUGAUAUUGUUUAAUUCUGUGUGAAUGAAGGCACAGCUGUUGGUGUUUAUAAGUCUAUGUUAACAUUCAGCAAUCUAUGUCUUUGUGCUAGAAAAAUUUGUGCAAGCCAGUAUGGAAGAAAAUCGGUGACAGGAGAUUCUCUUGGGACGAAGUAUCAGUUGUUGUUUGCGAAAUCUACGUUCUUCCUUUAAAUGUACAUUAUUCGUUUUGAACUAAUAAUUCAUUUCCUCUUAAUGACUUCAUUUCUAUUCGUCCGUGAUCUAUUUUCACCGUCAAACAGUUUUCUAAACUGGUUAUGCCAUUAUUCAACGAUCAAAAACAAUUAAUGUUCAAUGUAUUACUAUAGAGACGUAAUAUGUGUAAACUGAAAGAGAAGUAUCAGUUCUUAUGUUGUGAAACUACCUGAAGUAAAGAUCAUAUAUAAAGAAGAAUGACUCACUCAAAUUGUACGUUUUGUAAAUAUUUUCAUCUUUUAUUGAUAUGGUUAAAAUAAUAUGUGAUGUAAAUAAAUGUAAAGUGUUUUAUAAACGUUUGAAAGUUGUAUUUUUGUCAAUAAAAUUGAUGUAAAGAAAUAA